UAUAGGCAUAAUUAAACAUCUAAGCUACAAUUUAACAAUUUUAUUUCUUUAAUCGACACAUAUAAGUAUUGUUUACAGCAUAGCAUUGUGGAUAAACACUAAUUUCCUCUCAGGGUCUCUCAAUCAGACCACCAGUCCAGUUCGCACCUUGUUAACACCGCCAUUAGAUUUGCUUUACAUUCGCUGAUUGCGGAUUUACAUUUGCGACUAAAUAGGAACUCUUCACGACUGUUGACCGAAGACUCUGCCAACAUCAUAUAAAGCCCUGCCAAACUUCAUUCAGUCUAGCUCCAGCAGCCACAGACAGAGCAUCAUCUCUCGAGGAGCAGGUACUAUGUUGCGCGCAGUGAUCUGGAUCUGUGUGAUGGGGCUCUGCAUCUGUAGACCGUCUGUGAAUCAGCUGGACACUGAGGGUGCACAAGUGCGCUCGGAGGCCAUCAGGAGGCUCCUGGAGGUGUUUGGGAUGGAGGAUCCUCCUGCUGCUCUGGCUCGGGGACACAAACAGCCUCCUCAGUACAUGCUGGACCUGUACAACACCAUCGCGGAUGUGGACGGAGUCACCAAAGACCCGACGCUCCUGGAGGGAAACACCGUCCGGAGUUUCUUCAAUAAACUGCAUAGUGACCAAAUCGAGUUCCUCUUCAACCUGUCCACGGUGGCCAAGAGUGAGAAGAUCCUCACGGCCGAGCUUCAUCUGUUCAAGCUCAGACCACAAGCGUCGCUCACCUUCAACAGACAUCACUUCUGUCAGGUCAGUGUCUAUCAGGUUCUCGAUAGCAGCAAGAAGAACGUCUCACGAGGGAAUAAGCUGCUCUCGUCCAGAUUGGUACCCAUCCACUCCAGCGGAUGGGAGGUGUUCACCAUCACUCAAGCUGUGAGCAUCACUAAAAUCACACUUUCUGAAAGCUUUUCUGUGCCUUCCUUGUGCAAAUUCUCCUCAAUAAUAAAAAAUGUGUUUUAUAUCUCAAAGGCGCACUCCUGGAUGUCAGAUGAGGGCAGUCAUCUGGGGCUCCUGGUCUCAGUCAGGACUUUAGCAGGUCUUCAGAUGGACCUGAAAACCGUGCGUUUCGCAUCGGGUCGAAACCACCAUCAGAGUAAACAGCCCAUGCUGGUCCUCUUCACCGACGACGGCAGACGGGCCGCUUCUCUGGAGAUCACGCCUAAAGGUUCAGAUGAUUCUCCGGUUGGCCCCAGUCUCCCAUUUCCCAGCCUCCCUCUCUCAGCUACGGCUCGUCGCAGCGCUCGCUCCUUAGACUAUGAUGAGAGCGGGGAGAAGAUGCCGUGUCAGCGUCUGCCGCUCUAUGUGGACUUCGAGGAGAUCGGCUGGUCCGGCUGGAUCGUGUCUCCUCGCGGAUACAACGCUUACCACUGCAAAGGCUCCUGUCCGUUUCCUCUGGGUCAGAACAUGAGGCCCACCAACCACGCCACGGUCCAGUCCAUCAUCAACGCCCUCAAACUGACCAAAGGCAUCCAGACGCCCUGCUGCGUGCCGGACAAGCUCUUCAGCAUUAACCUGCUGUACUUUGACGACGAUGAGAACGUGGUUCUGAAGCAGUAUGAUGACAUGGUGGCCGGCAGCUGCGGCUGUCACUGACCAACCUCAUUCAUCUCUGACCUGAAAUCUGGACUGGAUCACGCUGUAAAUAAUGUACAUAGAGAUCAGAUUUUAAUAUAUGGAGGAGCUUGGGUUGGUCGCUUGUGAAAGAUGUAGAUUUGUAUA